AUGUCCGAUCUCCGCGCCCCGGAGCACCAGGUCGCCGGCCACCGCGCGGCGCCCGACAAGCUCGGGCCGCUCGUCGACGGCGCCGGCCUCUUCUACAAGCCGCUGCAGGCCCUCGACCGCGGCGAGCAGGAGCUCGCCUUCUACACGGCCUUCUCCGCCCACCCCGACGUGCCGCCCCGCAUCCGGGACACCUUCUUCCCGCGCUUCCACGGCACCCGCCUUCUCCCCACCGCCUCCUCCCCCGGCGAGUCCCACCCGCACCUCAUCCUCGACGACCUCCUCAAGGGCCUCGCCGCGCCCUCCGUCACCGACAUCAAGAUCGGCGCCUGCACGUGGCCCCCGCGCGCGCCGGAGCCCUACGUCACCAAGUGCCUCGCCAAGGACCGCGGCUCCACCAGCGUGCUCCUCGGCUUCCGCGUCUCGGGGGUCAUGGUAUCCGACGCCAGCGGCGCCGUCUGGCGCCCGGACAGGUCCGAGCUCAAGGGGACGGACAUCCCCGGCGUGCGCCGCAUGCUCCGCCGCUACGUGUCGUCCGCCGGCGGCGACGGCGGGGGCGAGGACUGCGCGCUCGCGGCGGCCGUGUACGGGGGCGAGGGCGGGGUCCUGGCGCAGCUGCGCGAGCUCAAGGCGUGGUUCGAGGUGCAGACGCUGUUCCACUUCUACUCGGCGUCGGUGCUGCUGAGCUACGACGCCAACGCGGUGACCGCGCCCGGCGGCGCGCCGAGGGUGAAGCUGGUGGACUUCGCGCAUGUGGUGGAGAGCGAGGGGGUGAUCGACCACAACUUCUUGGGCGGCCUCUGCUCCCUCAUCAAGUUCAUAGACGACAUUGUCUCUUCUGACAAGGCGCCUCCGGUUCAGGUCUGA